CUGAUGAGCGCUGUUGUGGAGUCGUUAGACUUCUUGCGUGGAUUUGCUUUCACUCUCCCUCUCCUUUCUCUCUCUUUCAUCCUUAAGGUUUUGUGGAAUAUAUUUCAGGAAGUGGAACGUUUCACGUGUUGAGAAGAUGUCUGUGGCCGGGCUGAAGAAACAGUUCCACAAAGCCAGUCAGCUCCUCAGUGAAAAAAUCAGCGGGGCAGAGAGGACGAAGCUAGAUGAAGACUUCAUGGAGAUGGAGAGGAAAAUUGAGGUGACCAAUAAGUCCGUGAUUGACCUCUUGUCCAAAACAACAGAAUACCUCCAGCCAAAUCCAGCCUCUCGCGCUAAAUUGAACAUGCUUAACACUGUAUCUAAGAUUCGAGGGCAGGUGAAGAACACGGGGUACCCUCAAUCAGAAGGCCUGCUGGGAGAUUGCAUGCUCCGUUAUGGUCAGGAACUGGGACAAGACUCCAUCUUUGGCUGUGCUCUGCUGGAUAUGGGUGAGGCCAUGAGGCAGAUGGCGGAGGUGAAGGACUCCCUGGAUAUAAGUGUCAAACAGAACUUUAUUGAUCCCCUGCAGAAUUUACAGGACAAGGACCUCAAAGAGAUCAUGCACCACCUGAAGAAGCUGGAGGGCCGCCGGCUGGACUUUGACUAUAAGAAAAAGCGUCAGGGGAAAAUCCCAGAUGAGGAGAUCCGGCAGGCCGUGGAGAAGUUUGAGGAGAGUAAAGAGCUGGCUGAGAGAAGCAUGUUCAACUUUCUGGAGAAUGAUGUGGAGCAGGUGAGUCAGCUUUCAGCACUGAUUGCGGCAACAGUUGAUUAUCACCGCCAGUCGUGUGAAAUCCUUGAGGAACUUAGUAGAAAGCUUCAGAAAAGGAUAUCUACAGCCAGCAGCCGGCCCAAGAGAGAGUUUAAACUAAAAUCCAUCAGAAGCAGGAUCGAGACUUUGGACAACAGUCAGCACAAUGGCCUGUCCUACAGCUCCUCACUUAAAUCAACAGAUAUCCAGAUCAACUGCACAAUCAAUGGAAAAAAUGAUCAUAUAACGUCCAUCCCACUGUCAUGGUCUGAGAGCCCCACUACCAACGGAAAUAUUCACCAGUCCAGUGUGUUGGACCAGCCGUGCUGUCGCUCCCUCUACGACUUUGAACCUGAGAAUGAGGGCGAGCUGGGCUUUAAGGAGGGUGACAUCAUCAUCCUCACCAACCAAAUAGAUGAGAACUGGUAUGAGGGCAUGAUCAAUGGCGAGUCUGGCUUUUUCCCCAUCAACUAUGUGGAGGUUAUCGUCCCACUGCCACAGUGAAGAUGGACACUGAGUCUUCUGCAGACUCCCUCCUGCCCCACACGCUGCCUCUGUCCUCUGCCAUCCUGGGCCUAGAAUCGCACGGGGUUAAAACAGCUCAGGCUGAUUGUCUUCAAACAGAACAGGAGAAAUCAUAGUUUUGUCCCUAGUUUACGCAAAACAAACGUCACAAAUUCUACUGUGUUGUCCUUGUUUGUGGAUGUUUACAAAGCUAAAGCUUACCCAGGCCUUUAACUGGGACACUGAUUGGUCUAACUGAGGUUAAAUGUCUCACUUCUUAUUUCACUCCCUAGUCCCUCCUUUCAGUCUAGCAGCUGAACCUCAAUCAAUCAGUCAAACAAUACAUUGAUAAAUUUAUCAAUAAAUAUGUUAAUCAAUCCAUAAAUAAAUCAUAAAUCAAACUUUAUAUCUAUAACAGCAGUAAAAAAGUAUGUUAUUAAAGACAGAUCUAAACUGAAAAGUUUUAUUAUUAACAGACCAAUCUUUAAUCCCACUUGAGAGCUGCACUUAGUAAGAGUUGGCAAAGUGACACUUCCCAGGAAAACCUGAGCAAACCAGACUCAUGCAGAACACCUGUACCUGCCUGAGGUCUGUUUCUCACGCAGUUCCCACAAAUGUUUUCUCCCCAGCUCUGCUCAAACUUCAGUGGUGCUCAUCAGGCUGCCUUAAUAACAGAUAAUGGUACUGCCAAGUUUGGAACAUCAUGGACAGAUUUUGGUUUUUGAAAUUCUAAUUUUUCUGACUAAAGAUACCCCAAAAAAAGAUUCUCAAUUCAAACAAUUAAUUGUAACCCCAACCCCAGCCCUAAUCAGUUAUGAGAAGUGAUGUUCUAAAUGUUCUAAGAGUCAGUAGGUAUCCCAAGUAACCCCACAAAUCUAGAUUUUGUUUUUUGUCAAAAUACAAGAUAAAAGAUCCAAAACCAUAAGUCAGUUAUGAUUUCUGUUAACCUUUGAAAAAGAGAAGAAGCCUUAAGUUUGUGGUCAGCUUUUACAUUGUUGAAAAAAUAGUCGUCCAGAAGGUCUUGAAUGAGCUACUUGUUCAUGCAUUUUUCUGAACUAGUGUUUUAAUUCAGCACAUUAUUGUUUCAUUUGAGUUGCCUCAUUGUUUGUGAUCCUCUGUGAGUCUUGCCACUUGGAGUCUAGCCAAAGUUAGUCCUGUGUGUAACAGCUUUGUUUUUGCCUUCACUGUUUUAACAAAAUAACACAUUGUCCCUCUGGACAUGGACUACAGAUUUGUUAAAUAAUGUUGUUUGAUAAAACUGUAAUACACCAGACAGCCAAGGUUCAUUGAGUACCACAGCAGAUUUGGAUGCAUAAACACACACAUUUUUGCUUCAUUGUUUGGACCUUAGGUAUUUCUUUGUGUAUGAGUAGCAAAACAGAACUGAUAAAUGCAGUUUUGACACACAUGGCAUUGAAAAAGUUUAAUCACUCACCUAUUUUGGCUUGUGAUCCCACAACAGUUUUGUAAUGAGGCUUCACUGUCAUUAAAUAAUAUUACUAGUAUCAUUAGCAUUAAAUAGUCUCAAUGUGCAACAAUGAGUUGCAUUCUUGCAGAAGUACAAUGCACUGAGAAACAGCUGGGGCAAAUUAAAACAUGCACAAUGGAUCUAAAGUCCACAGUGAUGAAGUCUGAGCCUUGCAACAUUUCUGGUACUGCCAGAACAGCAGAGGGACAAUUUGGUCCUCACAAGUAUUUCCCUUUUGCUCAUUUAAGUAAGUGCAGUUAAAAGAGCACGGUUUUUAACACAGCUUUCAAAACAUCAUAGUUUUACUUUGAUGAUUUUACUUUGCCUACAGAAACAAAAUGAUGUCAUUAAAACCAAAAACUGCAAAGGUCUAAAUUAUCAGCCCCCUUUGGAACUGACCUUGUUGUUCAAUGAUGAACUUUGUAAUGCUCAGAUCUGGUCAAAUCAAGUGAAAACGAAGGGUUGUCUUCCAACAGUAUAAAGACCUCAGUAAGGGUUUGAGCUGUUGCUUGAUAAAGCAUCAUAGCAAAAACAAAAAUCAGUUUGAGAAAAAGAAUUGUUGAUGUUCACAGAGCAAGAGAAGGAUCUACAAAGUUAUCAGAGCGUUUCCAAGGGUCAAGACCUGGAGAGAGAAGUUUUAAGAAAUUCAAAGAGAGCUGGAAAGAAAAUGAGUGAGAGAUGUGUCUAAAGACCCCAGAACAACUGCCAAGACUCUAGAGAAGAAGAAGAAGAAGACCAUCACGAGAGCCCUGCACAGGAAUGGACCAAAAAGAGUCCACUUCUCCAGAAGAGGACAGAGAAGACCAAACUGGAGCUCUUUGGUGAUGUUUGGAGAAAGAAGGGAGAGACGUAUGACCCAGAGAAAACCACCCCCCACAGAGAAGCAUGACAGUUUGGAGGAUUAUGCUGUGGGGUUUGGAUUUUGGAGGAAAACUUCAAGCAGUCAGCAGCAAAACUGGGUCUGGGUCAUCACUUUCCCAUCCAACACAACAACCCAAAACACUCAUGCCUCCAGAAGACCAAAGUGAAUACUGACUGGCCUGACCGAAGCCCUGACUUGAAUUCCAUUAAAAUCUGUGGGGUGAACUGAAGACCAGCCAGAAGAUCAUCAAACCUGGAGGAGAUUGAGAAAUUCGCCAAAGAAGAAUGGGCUGGGAUUCCUCAGAAGACAUGUUAGAGACUUGCUGAAAACUACAACAAACGACUACAGGCUGUUAUCCAGCUUAAAGGAGACACUACUGGCUAUUAGCAUCAGGGGGCUGGUAGUUUUUGGUUUCUGUGAAAUAAUUUUUAUUUCUGUGUGCAAAGUAAAAUUAUGUUAGCAUCUGAAAUAAAAGUAGGAUGUAAGAAAAAGCUUUGUUAAAAUUCCUUGCUCUGUUGCACUUGGGAGAUCUUUAGAGACCCUGUAAAGUGAAAUCCAGAAUUUGUGCCUGAAAAUUCUAGAAAUGUUGGAAUCCGGUUGUUGUAAACAUGUGAAAACACUGAGAUCUACAUGUGACUGAAUUCUGGAUUGAGGCUGUUUGAAAGUUUUUCACCUCUUUCCUGGCUGAGUUUAAUGUGGGCGGGGCCAAUAUGUGGGCUGAUGAUGUCAUGAGCCCACAGUAGGGAAUGGCCCCGUCCCUCUAACUACAAUCUAAAAUCCCAGAGCAGUUCAUCUCAGUCCAGUCUGUUGUUAGCUGAUGUCACUGCCUUUAUUGAAAGUUAACACUUAGUUAAAUGCUGUUUUUCGUUCAUCGCAAGGUAAAUUUGCCAA